AUGAAAACUUGCCCUACAACUUUAGAAAAUUUUUUAAAACAAAAUUCGGAUGAUACCACCAUCAACCUUAUAAAUAAAUCUAAAAAAUUAAUAACGACAUGUCUAAACAAAAUUGCAGGACAAACAGAACUUACGGGCAAACUAAUAGCAAUAAACCUCCGACUUGACUAUCAAUUCAGAGAACAAGCACUAAAAGGAAUUUGCCUUUAUGACUAUGCAGCAACAAUAAAAAAAAUACCUCUCAAUUCACGUGAACUCUCAAUAAUAACUGACCAGCAUUUAAGAACUAAAAAUACUCAUGUUGACAGAUUUUAUUUUUAUAGAAAUGAUUCAAAUACAACAUCCGAUAAAACACAUCCACAAUGCAAGACUUACAUCCAAAUGCAAAGAAAACAUGGAACAGAAAGAACCGUAAUACUACAUGGUAAAGGAAUACCAAGAAGAAAUGAUAACAAAGAAAAAGAAUAUUAUAGCCAAAUGCCUGGAUACGCUGCUGAAGAAGAACUAAUAUUAUCAGAUAAUUAUGUUACCUAUAAUGAUAUGAAUUAUGAAAAUUUUGAUCCCGAAAAUAUAAUUAGAUCAGGAUUAAAAGAUAUUAAUGUUAUUGACUCAAUAAUAAAUAUUUUCCAACUAUAUAAUGUAUUUUCCAAUACGAACACUCUACAAAAUAAAAUAUCUUCUUUAAAAAAAUAUGCAUCAGACCUAAAUCAAGAACAAAAAAAAGCCUAUUACUUAGUAUGUAACCAUCGCCAAAGAAACCAACCAAUAAAUCCCAAAAAACUGUCACAAUUACUUCUCUAUCUAUAUGAAGUGGGCAGAACUGCACCUACGGGAAUAGCAGCUACAAAUAUUAAUGGAAUAACAAUCCACUCUGCAUGUGGACUAAGUUUUAAUGAUGAAAAUUACAAGUUAACUAAAGAACAACUAAAAAACCUACAAAAACUUUGGACAAACAUAGAAUAUAUAAUAAUAGAUGAAAUUUCCAUGAUCGAAGAUUCAUAUAACAAACUGCCACUUACUGGAAAAAAUCGGCUAAGAUUCUUAUCAAUGCUCGACACUAAAGACAAUGCCUUCUGUGGAAUUCUAUCGCUAUCAAUUAACAUGAAAGUAAUUAUAACAGUCAAUAUUAACGUAAAUGACAACUUAGCAAAUGGUACUCAAGGAAUUCUCUGCCAAAUAAUAUACAAUAAAAACUCAAUCGACCUUUCGUUACUCCACAAAAACAUACUAAUAUUAAAUACUUCUCCAAAAUAUGUAAUAAUUGAACUUAUGAACAAAUCACCUUAUACAUUUCAAAAUCUUCAACCAAACAACAUACCAAUUUAUCCAAUAAAAUGA